AUGAUUUUCUGCGCCAUGCUCUCAGAAAUCGGGAGCCGUUUCCCCUCCAAUCCAAUCCAAAUCUUUGCCUGCCUGUCUGUUGGGGCUCUCCUCACUGUCAUCCUAUAUCGACUAUAUCGACUGACCAUCUCUUUAAACUCCAACGUAAUUCGUAUCGCACCAAAUCACCUCCAUAUUAAUGACCUUGACUUUCACUAUAAGAUUUUAAAGCUCAACUCGGAUUACCUCAAAGACCCCGAGUUCUACGAGAAGCUGGGCGUUCCCGAUGCAUUGGGAACUAUAUGCGACCCUCAUAAACAUCGCAUUUUGCGUCGUCGAGUGAAUCCACUGUUCAGCCAACAGGCUGUCAAUCAAAUGGCUGGAGAUAUUCAAGCAACAAUCAAACAUGCCUGCGACAUGAUUUCAGAUAAUUUUGACGCUCAAAGCUUCUUCCGUGCAAUCGCAGGAGAUAUUGUCUCUGCCCACUAUUUCGGCGAGAACAUGAACCUGGUCGAUAGACCCGAGUAUGCGCGCAACCUCUGGGAUGGCAUCGACACAAUGGUCAGACAGAUGUGGUACUCGAUUCAUAUUCCAUAUCUCGCGAGCAUCCUAGUGAAUAUGCCGAUCAUUGUUCUCAAAAUCUCGUUCCCGGGGUUUGCGGGUCUAAUAGAGGUGUGCAUGCGACAAGCUGAGAAGGCUAUUGAACGGAAUAGAACCAAGUCUCCUUCACCCGAGAAUCACAACAUUGCAACCUUCUUCGAUCUACUCAUGAUACCAUCGCCAGGGCAAGAACCAGUCCAUCUCAGCCAAAAUGAUAUGGUGAACCACGGCCUAAACCUUGUUGGCGCAGGGGUAGACACGGUGUCACUCACCAUGACAGUUGCGCUCUAUCACAUCCUUUCAUUCCCGGAGAUUCAACGUCAGGUAUACUGCGAGGCACGGGAAGCAACGCCUUUCAUCCGAGACAAGCUUGAUACGCAACGAGUCCGAACACUGCCAUAUCUAGCAGCGGUUAUCAAAGAAGCUCUGCGCAUGUAUCCCCCGGUCCCAGGUAGACUACCACGCAUUGUCCCGCCACAGGGCAAAUCCUACGACGGAAAGUUCAUACCGGGUGGUACUGUUGUGUCGAUAUCCCCGUACACCAUCCAGCGAGAUCCCGUAUUGUUCCCCGAGCCAAACUUCUUCAAGCCCGAGCGGUGGCUAGCUGAUAAUACAACGGAGCUGGAAAGGGCUGUUAUAGCCUUCAGCAGUGGAAGUCGCAUGUGUCCCGGAAUCCAUCUAGCAUAUCUUGAGAUGCACAUGACUCUUGCAAUGCUCUUUAGUCGAUUCGUCCUUGAACUUGAGAGUCCGCUUCCAAUGCAAGAGUUGGAUUGGAAGGAUCAUUUCGUUAUUGACCUUGAUCAUCCAGUCAAAGUUAGGGUGCUGGCUGAUUACUGGACAGGUGACAAGGGUCGUACAGGCCUGCCUGCCUAG